GUUGCUUUCCUUUGGUCAUGUCUGCGAGCACCGCUGUUCCUGGCUCGUGGCGGCGCCACUCCACCAAGGAGUUUACCGCCCUUUUCUGCUUGAUCAGCCUCGUCGUCUUCCUCGUUCAUCAGACGACUCUAAGCCACGAAAAGGCCGACCUGCCCAUGGACCGUGUCCUGGCGGAGCUCCAAUCCAGCUGCCCGGUAGCCCUCCGAGAUGGCACCGAGGGUGCCGUGGCAAAGCUGCCGCCUGCGUUUUUCGGGCUGGGUGUGUGGGUCGACACGCCUGCGCUGCUGCCCGGCGUGCAUGCAGCACUCGCCUUGAUGAAGGAGCGUUUAGCCGGUGACGGCGCUACCGCCUUCCCUCCGCCCACGCAUAGCCUUCACUCCUUCGUGCGUGUAGAGUCGCACGCGCGUGACACUGCGGUGGCCGAGCUCGUGGCGGAUGCGCACCGCGACGGCACGGUCGACGCCGACCGCGCCAAUCGCAAACUGGAGCUCGUAUCGAGUCAGCAGCAGCUGGGGAUGCUGACCAUGAAGCACGCUUUUUUGCCGCAGAUUGGGCAAGAGAUCGAGCUUCACGGGCUUUCCCUCUUUAGCGUGCCGGCGGAGGUGUUGCCGGAAGGGUCGAGGGUGCGGUGCUACGUGGCAGAGGCACUCCAGGCGUACUGCGCCUUCCCUGUGAACACACAAGUUCGUGAUGAAAAGAGUGACGAAGAUAAGGAACAGGAGGCGCACACAGCAGCAGCGGCUACUGCUGCGUCCAUCACCGCCGCCUCGUACCGCACCCACGCCGACUCACUCGAGGCGGAGAUUCGCGCUGCCCUGUUGUCCGUCAUGGCACGGCAGAUGGAACUGCGUUCUUUCAAACCGGCUGACGUGGCUGCGUGGAAGCAGAGGCGAGAGGAGCAGGGGUGCGUGUACACCACCGCGUCGGUGAAGAGCACGUUGCGCUCCAUCACGGCAAACGCGAACAUGGUGAUUCCUCUCAGUACGCGGCACAUGUUUGCGGAUUUGGAGCAACAUGUGCAUGCAAGAGCCUUCGUGCGUGCCGCACGGGCGGCGGAUGACCUUCAGUUCCAUCCCUCGCUGACACCGCAGCUGUACAUCCCAUGGGAUCACUCGCUGGUCUCCCAGCUGGUCAUCCUCCUGCCGAUAGUGUCCAUGACGAUCCUUUCUCUGCGAUUUGUGAUAGAUGAGCGCCGCGCACGGCGGGCGAGAGCCGCAGCUGCGGUGUCGCAGGCGAAGAAAGUGCAGUGA